AUGAGUGAGGACGAGCUCAUCAGCGCUGCGCCGCCCCCACCGGGGGUGACUUCGAACUUCGAAAACCCUUCAGAGUCCCUCGUGCCACAGGUUCUCGUCGUAGCGAUUCUGCUAAACUUCUUGGCGAUCAUCUUCUGUGGCAUUCGUCUGUACACCGUCCGCGUCGUGAUUCACCGCCACCAGCUCGACGACGAUCUCAUCUUCGUUGCCUUGGUCUUUGCCACCGCAUACUCCGUCAUCCAGGUCUACGAGACACGCAAUGGAGCGGGACACCACAUCUGGGACGUGUCCAGGGCGGACGCCGUCGCCUUCCACAAGCUGAGCAUGACCGAUCUGGCGGCCUACAGCCUCUCGAUUCUCUUCACGAAAGCGUCGAUAUUAGUCUUUUACCUCCGCUUUCCGCUCAAACCAAUGGUUCGAACAACAGUCUACCUCGUCAUGUUCGCCACGAUAGGUUACUCUGUCGCUGGUGCUCUCGGAUGGGUCUACCUUUGCACGCCAAUGGCCAAGAUCUGGGAGCCCGAGACGCCGGGAACCUGCGUCGACCGGGCGAUGUGGUGGUUGAUGCUCUCUGUGUGCAAUGUCGCCACAGAUCUCGCAAUCUUGCUUCUUCCCAUCUGGAUUCUCUCGCCAUUGUCUCUACGGCUGGUCAAGAAGAUUGAGAUGACGAUUUUCUUGAUGGCCGGUGGAUUCGUGGUCGAGGCCAACGUCGGCAUCAUCUGCACCUGCCUGCCCUUCCUGAAGGCGUUCAUGAGACAUGUCGCUCCCAGAAUUUCCAAGCGGUUCGCGAUGAAUGACGAUGAGCCCAACUCGCCCACCGUGUUCGACAGGGCCGCCGCUAUGACGAACCUGCCGCCCACGGUGCCCAAGUCCGCGCGGCGUAAGAGCUUCGGGCGACAGGCUGUCAAGGACGUUCCAGAAGAUGAUGGUCUGGUGCCAAUGACGGCGACGACGACGCGGAACUGGCCGCUGAAGAACGACGCGCCGUUUGAUUACAAGGAUGGGGAUGAUGACAGGAUAUCACUUGAUCGGGUGUCGUCGGAGAGGAAGACGCCGCAGAAGCCUGUUGACGCUACGGAGAUGGUAUGA